AUGUUAAUAGCAAACUUUGUUUACUGGCUCUUAUUCUCACUGUACACUAAUCUUAUGAUGUUACGUGUAAUUGGGGUCACCGCAAUUACUGGAAGUCAAGCCAUACAAGAAGCAGGCUUUCAAGAACCAUCUCAACCUCAAGUGAGCAAUACAGCUGAUAGGAUACUAUCACCAGCAGAAAUUGAGCUCUUGGAAUUACCAUCAGCUGCAGAAGAUACACCCAUAACAGUGCCAGCAAAUGUAACAUCUCCACCAGCACAUCCUGUCAGUCCUGUGCCACCUUCAAAUAGUAGAACUAUACAAUGA